AGCAUCUGGGGAGCUUCCAGAGAGAGCAUCUUGGAACUGCAUCAGAAGUGGCCGGGCAGGAUGCGAGGGCUACAGACCAGAGGGAGGCCAUGAUCAGCUGGCUUGUCGGGUGCAGCUCUCUUGACAGUGAAAUUGGCCAAUCAAGCCACAGAUGUAGGCAGGACUGGGGAAAGGAAGACACUGCAGGCACAAAGACUGAUAUGAAGGUUGUGCAGGCUGUAAUCUUUACGUGAGAGCCUCACUAGCUCUGUAUAUCUGCUGCAGGUUUCAUCCCACUCUCACAGGAAAUACAGUUUGGGGAGUACUUUGUAACCAGUUUUUGGAGUAAAGUGUUUCAGCAAUGGCAGCUGCUGGUGUGAGAGACGAGCUGACCUGCUCCAUCUGCCUGAACCUUUAUACGGACCCUAUAAUGCUGCCAUGUGGCCAUAACUUCUGCCAGGGCUGUGCCGAGAGGCUGCUGGAUUCCCAGGAGGAGUCUGACGGUUAUUCCUGCCCUGAAUGCAGAGCGGAGUUUCAGGAGCGCCCUGAACUGCAGAGGAACAGAGCCCUGGGGAACAUAGCCGAGCACUUCCGUCCUAAUAAGGGAGAGCAGGGGGGGAGUGAUAUCUGCUGCACCUACUGUGUUUGCUCAUCUGUAGCUGCUGCUAAAUCCUGUCUGCACUGUGAGGCUUCCCUGUGUGACACUCACCUGAGGGUGCACAGCAAGUCAGCAGAACAUGUCCUCACUGAGCCCACCACCAGCUUUAUGAAGUGGAAAUGUUCCCUACACAAACAGAUGCUGGAGUAUUACUGCUGGGAGGACUCUUCCUGUGUCUGUGUGUACUGCUGGAUGGCUGAGGAGCACAGGGGCCACAGUGUGGGCUCACUGAUUGAGGCCUCUGAGAAGAAGAAAAAGGCACUGAGAAAUGUUCUGCUCAAACUGAGCCCAGACAGAAAGGAGACUGAUGGAGAAGCCCAGAGGCUGCAUGAGCGCAGAAGAGAAGUGGAGGAAAAAGCAGCCUGUUGGAUAGACGUCAUCACUGCCCUGUUUAGGGACAUCAAGGAACAGCUGGAAGCUGUAGAGAAGCGAGUCCUGAAUGAGAUCUACAGAGAAGAAGAGAAGCUUUUCCUCCAUCUUUGUACCCUAAUCCAGCAGCUGGAAAUAAAGAAGGACGAGCUGUCUAGGAAGAUCGGUGACAUUGAGGGUCUGUGCAACAGACAGGAAUCAGAUUUUAGUGGAGCUGUCAUGGAGGGGGGGCACAAUAAGCACAAAGAAACAAAUCACAUACAGGCCCUAGAUUCAGGGGAUGUUUUCAUGGACCUGGUCUCAGAGACAUUACUCAAAGGCUUAGAUGGGAUUUUUGCUGUGGUAAAUGAAAGGCUGUAUGGGCAGGAGGCUACGGACAUGUUACUGGAUAUAAGCACAGCUGGGGAUCAGGUUCUGGUAUCAAAGGAUAGGAAAUCCGCUGUCUGCACACUAACAGACCUGGGUCGCCCAAGAACCCCUAAGAGAUUUGUGUAUAUUGGUCAGGCUUUAAGCACCAAGAGUUUCACCUCAGGGCGACAUUAUUGGGAUAUGAAGGUCAGUGAAUCUGAGGAUUGGAGGGUAGGGGUGGUCUAUCCCAGUACAAAGAGGAAAGGGAAGCUGGCCGUCAUUGGGAAUAGUAACAAGUCCUGGUGUUUGUACAGAUGGACAGAGUAUACACGUCCAUAUAAAGUCACAUAUUCAGUGAAACAUGAUGGUAAAGACAUAGAUUUACCCCACAUCCGGUCCUGCAGAAAAAUCAGAAUCUCUCUAGACUACGAGGCUGGACGGCUCUCCUUUUAUUCACUGAGUCAGCCUAUAAGACUCUUGCACACCUUCACUGCCUCCUUCACUGAGCCCCUUUAUGCUGCUUUCUUGGUAAUAGAAGAGAAUUCAUUUGUGAAAAUCAUUAGUUAGGGCACUUAGCAAAAAUACUGCAAGGAGUGCACAGUAUUCUUAGUACUGUUGUCAGGGCACCAGAUGAAUUAGAAUUGCUUUAGGCACCAAUACAACCUGGCUCCGCAAAAUCCCUGCCGAGGCCUCGCUAAGCAAACUUUCCUUAAAUAUGAGUAAUUCUGCAAGGAGUAUGUCCGUCAUAUACUUGUUACUAUUCAUACAGAUGUAGUACAUUUGUGCAACAUUAGUACAAGGUCCUGGAAUAAAAAAAACACAGCAAAAAAAGUGAUUCUAGAUGUACUAGAGAAUAGUUUUUGAAAACUAAAUUUUAAAAAUUUGUGUGGAAAAAGUCAACAAGUACAAGAUGCAGAGUACAUCUGUUAUAUAGUGCAGUAGAUAUCCUACUGUUGGGCGCUAAGGUCUGCACUGUACCCAGAGUAGCCAAUAGCCUUUUGCCCCUCCGCAUUCAUUCAGCACCAAGAUACUUUUCUUAAAUUCUCAUUCACAGCUCCAUUAUACAGUACAGGGGGUAGGAUGGGGGUGCCUACGUACCACUUCUGCCUGCCCCUCUCUGAUAGAGUGCUGCUUAAUGCAGGCAGGGAUCUAUUUAAGGGUCUAACCUUAUAGACAGUAUUCCGUACUCAAUGCCAGCGUUCAUGGAUCCCUCAUUUGAAAUGAGUUUCAGAUUUUCUGUAUGAAUAGUGUGACCCUCAUUCAGGCCUUCAGGUGCAUUAGUUCUUAAAAGAGUGGAUGACUCAGUUUACUUUUAGUAUGUUACAGAAUGUCCCAUUGUUAUGAACUUUGCAAUUGGUUCUAUAUAUUUUUCUAGUUUUUGAAUGAUAUGCCUUUCUUUUCUACAUCUUUCCCAAUUGCAAAUGGGAGUCACUGACCCCAACAGGCAAAAAACUAUUGUUAUGUGAAGUUACCAUGUUGUUAUUAUUGUUACUGUUAUUACUUAUCUCUCUGUUCAGUUCCUCUCCUAUAUAUAUUCCAGUCUCUCAUUCACACCACUGUGUGGCUGCUAAAGUAAACAAGGUCCUAGCAAACAAAUACCUGCUGUAAAUCCAAACAAUAAAAUCAAAACCAAUUGCAAAUUG